CGAGGCUAAGCGGUUGCCGUGGCGACGGAACGUAAACAUCGCGCCUGUCGGUGGGCUCGUGCUGUGUCUGUCCGGUGUCCCAACUCUUAAAAGUGUCGGAAAUGUCUGCGAUGAACCGAAAGUUGAUACAAACCCUCGUUGAAACAAUCUCGAAACAAGUGGAGCACUUCAAUAAAACAGAGAUUGAGUGUCUCAUCCGGGAGUUUAACGUGCUUGUGGGGGAGUCGUCUAUCCCUGGAAGAGCAGCUCACGGCCUGGACAGAGGGAGGUUCAGGAGCAUACUGCACAACAUCUUCGGAAUGACCGACGACAUGAUCAUGGAUGGAGUCUUCAGGACAUUUGACAGAGACCCCGACGGCUUUGUCAGUAUAGACGAAUGGAUUGAGGGAAUGUCUGUUUUACUUCGAGGGACCUUGGAUGAAAAAAUUAAAUACUGCUUUCAUGUGUUUGACUUGAACGGGGACAACUACAUCUCCAGAGAGGAGAUGUUUCACCUGCUGAAGAACAGCCUCAUCAGACAGCCCACGGAUGAGGACCCUGACGAAGGAAUCAAAGACCUGGUGGAGAUCACGCUCAAGAAGAUGGACCAUGACCAUGAUGGCAGGCUAUCUUUCGCUGAUUUUGAAAGGGCAGUGAAAGAGGAGAAUCUAUUACUUGAGGCUUUUGGAAACUGCCUCCCUGACACCACGAGUAUUGAGAGAUUUGAGCAGCAUGUAUUUCGGGAACAACCGGAUCAAUGAAGAAAUUAUAUUCAUGUGCAUUUUCAUCUAUAUAUUCUUUAAUGGAAAUGUUAACAGCUUUUGCACUGUGAUGUAAUUUGCAAAUAAAAACAUGCUGCCAAGUGAAA